GCAACCAGCAGCUACAUUAGUUUCCACGGUAGUGCAGUGUAGAAUAUUCUGUUGUUUACAGCUGUAAGGGAAUGUAGUCUGUAUUUGUAUAGUACUUCCUGUAUAUCUUGAGUGACAGAUGUAUCGUCCAAUUAGCAGUGAAAACCACAGCUGGGUUUCUUGUGAUUGAGAGGUUUUUCAUCACCUAGACACCCAAACUACACUCUCUCACUCUUCUAAACAUCUUAAACAGAGGAACGAGAUGGAAUCUCUGUAGCUGGUGAGAUUUAUUUUCUUUGUUUUCCUGUUUUAUCUUCUUGAAUUAUGCCCUUUCCAAUGUUUUAUUUUUUGGUUUACAUGUCGUUGUAUAAGAAGAGUUUUAGCUCCACUUAUUGUUCUUGGUUUAUGAGAGUACAUUAUUAAAGUUCUGGAACCUAUCUUGGGGUAUUUUGUCGAGUGGGAGUACCAUUGUUGCAGCACUUCCUGUGUUCAGGGUUCAUGGACUAUGCGUCAGUCUCAGACUGUGAGUACUGUACACACUGAGGGUUAAUGACCCUGUGGAUGUACUGUGGCUCUCCCCUCGAGUAACUUGGAAAUAAAAAGAACUGGAUCUCAUCGUGUGGUGGCUUUCUAAUCUGCAUCAAUACCAUUCUGUUCCUCAUCAUAAUCAUCAUCAUCAGUCAUGAUCUCUCGUUCUCUCCUGCUGGUUCUGCUGGUUCUUGCCUGCCUUCCGUCCUUCACAUCAGCCCGGACUGGAUAUGGACCAGCUCAGUGCUGUGGGAGAUUUCAGACACGACCAAUCCCUGUAAGAGACAUUACAGCGUAUAAAGAAACAGAUCCCGAGUGCCUAAAACCUGGAGUCAUCUUUACUCUACAGAACGGUCUUCAGGUGUGUGCAGAUUUAGGUAUUAGAUUUUCAUUGCCAGAUGUAGAUGGACCAGAUCAGUGCUGUUUCAACUUUCUGACACGACCAAUCCCUGUAAGAGUCAUUACAGCAUAUGAAAAAACACAUCCUCAGUGUCUAAAACCUGGAGUCCUCUUUACUAUACAGAACAGUCAUCAUGUCUGUGCAGAUCUCCAAGUUGAGUGGGUGAAGGAUCACAUGAAGAAACUUUACCAGCGUCCGUUUAGCAGUCUGACCAACACUGAAGAUGGAGAUGGACUAGAUCGGUGCUGUUUCAGAUUUCAGACACGACCAAUCUCUGUAAGAGUCAUUACAGAUUAUAAAGAAACAGAUCCUAAGUGUUCAAAACCUGGAGUGAUCUUUACUCGACAGGACGGUCGUCGUUUUUGUGCAGAUCCCCAAGACAUGUGGGUUAAUAAUCGCAUGAACAGAAUUGGCAAGCGUCUGUUUAACAGUCUGAACAAACCUGAAUUUGUAGGUGGACCAGAUCAGUGCUGUUUCAGCUUUCAGACACGACCAAUCCCUGUAAGAGUCAUUACAGCGUAUGAAGAAACAGAUCCUAAGUGUACAAAACCUGGAGUCAUCUUUACUCUACAGGACGGUCGUCAUGUGUGUGCAGAUCCUAAAGACAUGUGGGUGAAGAAUCACAUGUACACAAUUGACCAGCGUCUGUUUGACAGUCUGAACAACACUGAAGAUGUAGAUGGACCAGAUCUGUGCUGUACCAAGAUUGUGACACAACGAAUCCCUGUAAAAUUUGUUACAACAUAUAAAGUAACAGAUCCUGAGUGUCUAAAACCUGGAGUCAUCUUUACUCUACAGGACGGUCGUCGUUUGUGUGCAGAUCCCAAAUACAAGUGGGUGAAGAUCAACAAGAACACAAUUGACCAGCGUAAAACAGACUGAACAAAGUAUUUAAAUUCUCUCUACAUUAAUAAGUAAUGAAUAAUUAUUUUAUAAAAUGUACUUUUUACAGGGGGGCACGGUGGCUUAGUGGUUAGCACGUUCGCCUCACACCUCCAGGGUUGGGGGUUCGAUUCCCGCCGCCGUCUUGUGUGUGUGGAGUUUGCAUGUUCUCCCCGUGCCUCGGGGGUUUCCUCCGGGUUCUCCGGUUUCCUCCCCCGGUCCAAAGACAUGCAUGGUAGGUUGAUUGGCAUCUCUGGAAAAUUGUCCGUAGUGUGUGAUUGUGUGAGUGAAUGAGAGUGUGUGUGUGUGUGCCCUGUGAUGGGUUGGCACUCCAUCCAGGGUGUAUCCUGCCUUGAUGCCCGAUGACGCCUGAGAUAGGCACAGGCUCCGCGUGACCCGAGGUAGUUCGGAUAAGCGGUAGAAAAUGAGUGAGAGUGAGUGAGUGAGCACUUUUUACAUAAUCAGACACAUGUAUAACUUCCUGUUCUGAUGUAAGUUUCUGUUUGAUUUGUUUCUGUCUUCAUGCAGAUUUACAUCAUAUCUUUUCUUCUUUCUCUCUUACUAGUGAUUUGACUUGUUAUAAAAUAGUAGAAGAAUGAAGGUCAAUAAAUAAUCACUGUAUUAUGA